UGCUUUCGGCUAGACUAUUCGAUAUUUUUUCAUUCUUCGGUUUAGGCAUUCUCAUUUAUGGAUUUGAAAUCCUGUUGCUUACUUUUCCAUCCCGUUUACUUUAAGUAUCAAUAUUAAAUUCAGCAGAAAUAUGGCAUUCAAGCCCAUAGAUCCUAAACGUGACGAGUUUCGGCGCUACCUUGAGCGAUCCGGUGUAAUAGAGGCCUUGACGAAAGUUUUUGUACGAAUUGCAAAUGAACAUCCAGAAAACCCACUCGAUUAUUUGCGUCAUAAUUUAGGAGACUCUCUACAUCAAGCAGACAGUGUGGCAUAUUUGCAAAGUGAACUUGAAGAAGCUCGCAGUGAAAUUCAACGAUUGCGUGGUAUUAUUGAAAGUGUCCACCCAGAAGCUCUUUUGGAACAGCCACAGCUUCGUGAGGUAGUGGACAAAAACAACGAGGACGCAGCGUCAGAAAAUCAAGAGGUAUCGUCUGAUUCGGUAACAAAACCACAAGAGGAAUCUGAAACAUCAGGACGUCCGGGCAGUGGAGCACCACAAGUUCCAAAUGUAGAUAAUAUUCAACAGGAUGAUCUGGAUAAAAAUUUAGAAACCCCUGAUGAUUCUUCCAAUACUAACAAUCCGAUGCCGACAAAUGCAGCACAAAAUGUAGACAAUAAUUCUUAAAGUAUCUAACCCGUCCAGCAUUAAAUAGCUUAAGUACAAUUGGUACGCAGCUAAGUUCCUUAUUUCCAAAAAUGUAGGAAAUAUAUUAUAUGUAUACAUACAUUCUAUAUACCUAGUAUAAUAAAGUGAUUUAUAUCAUAAAAGCAAGCCUAGAGCCAAGCCAAAAUAGUUGGUUUAGUAUCGGAUCGAA